AUGGCAGCAGGCGUACUCUGCGACAAGAAAGUCCCUGUUCGACUGAAGUCGAAGAUCUACAGGACGGUUGUGCGAUUGGUUGCCCUUUACGGAUGCGAGUGCUGGUCGACGACGAAAGCCUUGGAAAGAGUGUUGCACGCUAUGGAGAUGCGGAUGUUGGAAUGGACGAUAGGUGUAACGCUAAAAGAGAAAGUAUCCAACGACACUGUACGCUCCAUCUUGGGCGUUGCCCCGAUAACUGAGAACAUGAAGGAGGCGCGGCUGAGAUGGUUUGGUCACGUCUUGCGGCGAGAGGAAGAUUCUGUUGCCGCUUUGAAGCUCGACGUUUCAGGAGUAAGGCCGCGUGGGAGGCCAAAGAUUCGCUGGUUAGACCGUGUGAAGCUGGAUAUGAUAGAUGCACGUUUGUGUACGACUGAUGCAAUGCAUAGAACCAAAUGGAAGACAAGAAGCAGAAAAGCGGACCCUGCAACAACGCGGGACAAACGCUAG